AUGAUGAGUGCUACCACAUUUGUGGUCGUGUUCAUUAUAGCUACCGACUACAUCAACUGGGAUCGCCUCAACCAUGGCUUCCUUCCUUCAAAUGAACUGACAAGGUCAUUUGGAGCUUCCUUCAUCCUGGUUAUGGACAUUCUUAUUGUUACACAGGAUUGGGAUUUUCCACAUUUCAUAAACAACUUGGAAAUCAAGCUUCCUGGAAUGAAUCGGCCAGAAUUCCGAUUCUAUGCUCCGAAAAUUCUACGGAAGGACAAUUGGCAUAUUCAUAUUACUGGUAAAUGGUUCAAUUAUGGUAUCCUUUUCUUAGUCAUCAUACUUGAUUUAAACAUGUGGAAGAACCAACUAUUCUAUGUCCCUUAUGAUUACGGUCAGUAUGUGGGGCCUGACAACCGUAUCUACACAGUGCUAUCAACCGAACAGUUAUCCAUUCACAAUGAAACAAUGGUUUAUGAAUUACUCAAUGGCAACAAAGAGUAUUGCGUUUAUUCCUUGCCUUUUGGCCUUUGUGGCUCUUGGCAUAACAGUGACAGUUUUUGGUCGCUUCAAACCUACCAAGGAGGAUCCCUAUGCAGGUCGUCUGAAGAAGAGAAAGCGGAAACGGUUUUCCUUUUUUAG